UACUGAAACGAGUCUGAGAAAAUUUUCCCGGAAAUAGAGACGCCAUAUUUUGUUUCUUCGGAGCUCUCCUCCAUCAGUUCUCGCAAACGCCGACCGUUUUCCUCUGCAAUCGAAGCUCCUCAGCCAUGUCCACCAUCUCCCAAUUCCUCCACCUCCCCUACAAGGUCGUCCCCCCAUCCGCAUCAAACCCCAAAUUCACCUCCAAGCCUGCAAUCCUCCCCUUAAACCCUCACCCAGUACGAGCCUUGGGGAAAGAUACUAACAAGGUGCGACCCGCCUUUGUGGUCCGGGCCUCGGAAUACGAGGACGAGUGGGGUCCGGAGAAGGGGCAGGAGGCGCCGGAAGUCGAUGCUGGAGGCGUGGCCGUUGCCGAGGAGCCAAAGGAGGCGCCCGAGAUUACCAGCCUGAAGAAGGCUCUGGUGGACUCGUUCUAUGGGACGAAUCUUGGCCUGAGCGCGACGAGCGAAACGAGGGCCGAGAUAGUGGAGCUUAUUACCCAGCUCGAGGCCAAGAACCCGACCCCGGCCCCCACCGAGGCCCUCACUCUGCUCAACGGGAAAUGGAUUCUCGCGUACACCUCUUUCGUGGGAUUGUUCCCUUUGCUGGCCAGGGGCACCCUGCCACUGGUAAAAGUGGAAGAGAUAUCUCAGAUCAUUGACUCAGAGAACUUCACUGUCCAGAACUCUGUCCAGUUCUCGGGCCCCUUGGCAACUACUUCCUUCAGCACCAAUGCCAAAUUCGAAGUCCGAAGCCCGAAGCGCGUGCAGAUCAAGUUUGAAGAGGGGAUCAUCGGGACUCCCCAGCUGACAGACUCGAUUGAGUUGCCUGAGAACGUCGAGUUUUUGGGACAGAAAAUCGACCUCACACCCUUCAAGGGGCUGAUCACCUCUGUUCAGGGCACUGCUUCCUCAGUGGUGAAGACGAUCUCAAACCAACCGCCGCUUAAGUUCUCCCUCGCUCGCACCAAUGCAGAGUCGUGGCUGCUGACCACUUACCUUGACGAGGAUAUUCGAAUCUCAAGGGGCGAUGGGGGAAGUAUCUUCGUGCUUCUCAAGGAAGGCAGCUCCUUCUUGCUGCCAUAAAUCCCUUGGAUGGAAUAUUCCCUUUCGUUGUGCAUGGUCAGUACAUGGACGGGGAGAAUGGUGCGGGUUAUAUAUAUAGGGUUAUAUAUAUAUAUAUAUAUAUACAGAUACAUACAUGAAUAAAAGAAGAUUCUUGCCGUAUUAUAUGGUUCUGUGACAGCUCAAAAUAUGUGUUUUCUUAGGAAUUGACAAUUGAAGUUUGGCUGUUCUGUUUGGUGUAAGGUGGUGUUCAUAUAUUAUAUGUAAUUUCUAAUUGUAUGACCUGAAAGUUUUUCUUUA